GCAGAACAAAUCUUUGACAGAAGCUGGAAGAGGGAGGUGUUAUGGAGGUAGAGAAAAGUGCACUCCUUAUAGUUAAUACUUCACGUUGUUUACAAUCAGACAAAAACUAGAAGAGAAGUUUAAUGUUUUAUCACAAUGCUCUGAACACUGCUCAGUGACAAAGUUAACCUGGUUUUGGAAAAGCUCCACCCACUCGUUCUCAUCUACUCAAGUUGUUGCAGACGAAAUUACAAUGGCAAAGAAUCAUGGGGAUUCCCCUCCUCCUCCCUACUACUCACACACUCAGCCACCCCACAAGUCAUAUGAAGGGGGUGUGUAUGGCUCAAACCCAGGCCCGGCACUCCCAAACCAUCCCCGUUACAUCCCUCAGUACCCCCCAGCUGUAGCUGCUCUCCCUGUCUCUAAACCAAGUUCAUCACCUAAGAAAAAGCAGAACGGCUGUAAUAGUAACACGCAGGUAUACAAGGCGGCUGCGGCAGCUGUUCUGGUGCUUGCUUUGCUGGGAGUUGCCAUUUGGCUUGGAGUUCAUUAUGGUACCAGGACGUUACCAGACACAGAGUAUGCUGGUGAUGAGGAAAAAUAUGAUCCUGAUGAAAACGAGGUUUUACCUGAGCAGGACACCUGCUCCAACAACACUGUCCAGUGUGAUGCGGUAACUGACUGCACACAGGGCUCUGAUGAAACAAACUGUGUGCGAUUUGGUGAAGACAAUAGCCUCGAGGUCAAAAUAGCUCAAGAGGGACGCUUCCUGCCAGUGUGUCACAGUGGCUGGAACACAAAUAUUGCUGACCAUGUCUGCUCACAACUUGGAUUCAGGAAGUCUUAUUCGAGUGGAGAAAUUGAUUACAAGAACUCUAUUGGGUUAAACCUGUCCGGCAAAUCUUCAUCUCCUCUUAUUCAGGCUCACUUAAACACAAGCUAUUCCUGUCCAAAGACUGUCUCCCUGCAGUGUGUGGAUUGUGGUAAACAGCCAUCUACAUCUCGAAUCAUAGGGGGCACUAUAGCUAAAUCGGGUCAGUGGCCAUGGCAGGUGUCUCUUCAAUUCAGUGGGUCCCAUGUCUGUGGAGGAGUCCUAAUCUCGCCAGAUUUUGUGCUGACUGCUGCUCAUUGUUUCCCCAGUGGGCUCCUCGCUACUGAGCACUGGAAAGUGUAUGCUGGAAUUAUAUCUCUGAAUGCACUAUCCAGCCCCUACCUGGUUCAAAAGAUCAUACUCAACAAAAAUUACAACCAAAAGACCAAUGACCAAGAUGUUGCUCUACUGAAACUCACAUCUCCAGUUAGUUUUAAUGAUAAUGUUCAGCCAGCUUGCCUUCCACUUGUGGGUCAGGACUUUCCACAGGGAACCAGUUGCUGGACUUCUGGUUUUGGCACUACAGAGGCAGGAUCAGCUACUGCCUCCAAGGAUUUGAUGGAAGUGACUGUGGACAUCAUAGACACAAGGGUGUGUAACUCCAUAUCAGUAUAUGGAGGUGCAGUGACCAGAAACAUGAUCUGUGCUGGGAAAUUGGAGGGAGGCAAAGAUUCCUGCCAGGGUGACAGCGGGGGACCUCUGGUCUGUCAGGCUGACAAACGUUGGUACCUAGUAGGGCUCACCAGCUGGGGAGUGGGCUGUGGUGAAAAAAACAAGCCAGGUGUUUACACACGAGUCAGCAGUGUUCUCCCCUGGAUCUAUAGCAAAAUGCAGCAAGAAAAACCUUGAUGUACCUCCAUCUUCAACUCUUUCUAAUGAAGUCUGAACUACAUGCUCCUCUUUGACAAAGAAAUUGCUCACACAUCAGAACAGCCUAAUAAGAAGGAACUCCAGACUGAUAAAGAGACUCACAAAAGUUUGAAUGUUGGCUUAGCAGAAGUCCAGAAGGAUAAAAAAAUUAUAUUUUAUUAUAUUUAGGUUUGUGUUUUUGAUCAUGGGUGUUUCAUUCUUACAAUAAUCAGGCUUUAAAAAGGCCUCACCCUCCUCUAUUGAAUUUCUUUUAAUGACAUUUAUACUGUGAUCCCUUUGAUUAAAGAUACACUUUACAAAUAAUGAAGGAAUAUAUAUAUAUGAACAAACUGUGCAAAGGUGUGUUUUUUUUGGGCUUCAUCUGUUUAUUGUUGUCUGUUUACCACAUAGAAAUGCAACACUUUGUUCUUAGUUUCUUCCAAAAUUAAACAUUAACACA